AUGGGGGGACACUUGGUGGCAGAAGGUUUUGGUGACUGGAAGAAUGCUCAAAGAUUAGAUAAUCGUGUUACUUCUUCCAAUAGUCAUAUUGAUUGUGUGCAUAUGGGUUAUGGUCUUGUGAACUCAAACCAUUGUAUUACGGUUGCAUUUGUUAAUCAAAUGAAAAAAAUGAAUGUCAAAUACUGUGUUUGUGUAAACAGAUACAGACUAGUAGUGGAUUAUAUGAAGAAUCAUAUGUUUCUAGCGAAUGACACUCGUUGGGAUUCCCACUUUAGAACUAUCACUAGUUUGAUGACUUUGUAUGGUGUCAUUAAUGUGGUACUUGAAGAAGUUCGGAAGGAUACAUCAUUUAAAAAAUAUGGUGAAAUUAUGCUUUUAUUAGAUGUGCUUCUAUCCUUUGAUUUUAACUUCAUGGUAUAUAUGAAGGUUGAGAUUUAA